UUCGGCGGCAGCCAUCAGGUAGGCUGUGUUUGUCGAAUUCGCUGCUGCAUCCGCCGCUCAUCUCCCUUCGCCUCAGCCAUCCAGACUCGGGGACCCUGCGUCCUCAGAGCUCCUCCUGCCUCCUGUGCGGCGCGAGUUCGAACAGGAUGCGGGGUAGGCCAGGAUGGGCGCUUACAAGUACAUCCAGGAGCUAUGGAGGAAGAAGCAGUCCGAUGUAAUGCGCUUUCUUCUCAGGGUGCGCUGCUGGCAGUACCGCCAGCUCUCUGCGCUCCACAGGGCUCCCCGCCCAACCCGGCCCGAUAAAGCGCGCAGGCUGGGGUACAAGGCCAAGCAAGGUUAUGUCAUAUAUCGGAUUCGUGUGCGUCGUGGUGGCCGCAAACGCCCAGUUCCUAAGGGUGCUACCUACGGCAAGCCUGUCCAUCAUGGUGUUAACCAGCUAAAGUUUGCCCGAAGCCUUCAGUCUGUUGCAGAGGAGAGAGCUGGGCGCCACUGUGGGGCUCUGAGAGUCUUGAAUUCUUACUGGGUUGGCGAAGAUUCCACGUACAAAUUCUUUGAGGUCAUCCUCAUUGAUCCAUUCCAUAAAGCUAUAAGAAGAAAUCCUGACACCCAGUGGAUCACCAAACCAGUCCACAAGCACAGGGAGAUGCGAGGGCUGACAUCUGCAGGCCGCAAGAGCCGUGGCCUUGGAAAGGGUCACAAGUUCCACCACACUAUUGGUGGUUCUCGCCGCGCGGCAUGGAGAAGACGCAAUACUCUCCAGCUCCACCGUUACCGCUAAUAUAAGUAAUGUUUGUAAAAAAUCUUACCUAAUAAACAAUUUAGGACAGUCAUGUCUGCUUAAAAGUGUUCUUUAAUUUGUCUGUUAAAUUGAGUUGUCUGCACAUUGUUCCAUGAAUGCAUUGUCAAAUUAUGAAAGUUAAAGUGCAAUAAUGUUUGAAGACUUUAAGUGAUGGUGUAUCUUGUUUCUAAUAAGAUAAAUGCUUUUGUCUUUGCUUUAUCUUAUUAGGGAGUUUAUAUGUCAGUGUUUAAAAUGCUGUUUGGUAUAAUAGGUGUAAAAUAAAUUCUGUAAAAGUGGAAUGCA